AAAGCAGCCCCACCCCAGACAGUCAUUCAAACUUCUCACAAAAGACUCUUUAAAAGUCGUAGUGUGAGAGUUAUUUAUCAGCAAUUUCAGAACUCCAAUCAAAAAGGUUAAACAUUUGAAAAGCUUCAAUAUGCGUGAGUGCAUCUCAGUCCACGUGGGUCAGGCUGGCGUCCAGAUUGGCAACGCCUGCUGGGAACUCUACUGCCUUGAACAUGGCAUCCAGCCGGACGGACAGAUGCCCAGCGACAAGACCAUCGGAGGAGGAGAUGACUCUUUCAACACCUUCUUCAGUGAGACUGGUGCUGGAAAGCAUGUACCCAGGGCUGUGUUUGUGGACCUGGAGCCCACUGUGAUCGAUGAGGUACGCACUGGGACCUACCGACAGCUGUUCCACCCAGAGCAGCUCAUCACUGGCAAAGAGGAUGCUGCCAAUAACUAUGCCCGUGGUCAUUACACCAUUGGAAAGGAGCUUAUUGACUUGGUGCUGGACCGUAUCCGCAAACUGGCUGACCAGUGCACAGGUCUGCAGGGCUUCCUCGUCUUCCACAGCUUUGGGGGAGGCACUGGUUCUGGCUUCACCUCCCUGCUGAUGGAGCGCCUCUCCGUCGACUAUGGCAAGAAGUCCAAGCUGGAGUUCUCCAUCUACCCAGCCCCCCAGGUGUCUACUGCCGUGGUGGAGCCCUACAACUCCAUUCUGACCACCCACACCACCCUUGAGCAUUCUGACUGUGCCUUCAUGGUAGACAAUGAGGCCAUCUAUGACAUUUGCCGUAGAAACCUUGAUAUCGAGCGCCCUACCUACACAAACCUCAACAGGCUUAUCAGCCAGAUUGUGUCCUCCAUCACAGCCUCCCUCCGAUUUGACGGUGCCCUCAAUGUUGAUCUGACAGAGUUCCAGACCAACUUGGUGCCCUACCCUCGUAUCCACUUCCCUCUGGCCACGUAUGCCCCAGUGAUCUCUGCUGAGAAGGCCUACCAUGAGCAGCUCUCAGUGUCUGAGAUCACCAAUGCUUGCUUUGAGCCAGCCAAUCAGAUGGUGAAAUGUGACCCCCGUCACGGCAAGUACAUGGCCUGCUGUCUGCUGUACCGUGGUGACGUGGUGCCCAAAGAUGUUAAUGCUGCCAUUGCCACCAUCAAAACCAAGCGCUCCAUCCAGUUUGUGGAUUGGUGUCCCACUGGUUUCAAGGUUGGCAUCAACUACCAGCCCCCUACUGUUGUCCCAGGUGGAGACCUGGCCAAGGUGCAGAGGGCUGUGUGCAUGUUGAGCAACACCACUGCUAUUGCUGAGGCUUGGGCCCGGCUGGAUCACAAGUUUGAUCUGAUGUACGCCAAGCGUGCCUUUGUGCACUGGUAUGUAGGUGAGGGCAUGGAGGAGGGAGAGUUCUCUGAGGCCAGAGAGGACAUGGCCGCCCUGGAGAAGGAUUAUGAGGAGGUUGGGGCUGAAAGCUUGGAGGAAGAUGAGGAGGGCGAAGAGUACUGAGCCGUAUUUUAACUUUGUCUGCUUUCCCUUUCCUUUCCUAUUCUCUUUUAUAUGUGUGUUGUCCCACUGUCACUGAAACUUUAACCUGAAAUGGUCUAAUGACAAUAAAGUUGAAGUCUAAACAA